UUUAUGAAAUGUUUGGUAUUUCCCAGUUCUGGUAUUUGUUUUUGCCUUUGCUUAACCUCUCACCCAAAAAUGGCGACGUCCAAGGGUGCUAAUACGUAUAACAGACAGAAUUGGGAAGAUGCUGAGUUUCCAAUUCUUUGUCAAACAUGCUUGGGAGACAAUCCAUAUAUACGGAUGAUGAAAGAAAAGUAUGGCAAGGAGUGCAAAAUUUGUGCCCGGCCAUUUACAGUGUUUAAAUGGUGUCCUGGUGCUCGAAUGAGGUUCAAGAAGACAGAAGUCUGUCAGACUUGCAGCAAAAUGAAGAAUGUUUGUCAGACUUGUCUUCUGGAUUUAGAGUACGGUUUACCUGUCCAAGUUAGAGAUGCAGCACUUAAAGUUCAGGACAAUAUGCCCAAGUCAGAUGUAAAUAAAGAAUAUUAUACACAGACCAUGGAGAGAGAGAUUGCUAACAGUGAUGGCAUAUCUCCAGUUGGAGCAUUAGCAGGUAAAGCACAGACUCCUAGUGACAUGUUGCUUAAACUGGCUAGAACAACCCCUUAUUACACAAGAAAUCGACCACACAUCUGCUCUUUCUGGGUAAAGGGCGAAUGUCGCAGAGGUCAAGAAUGCCCAUACAGGCAUGAAAAACCCACAGACCCAGAUGACCCCCUGGCAGAUCAAAAUAUCAAGGAUAGAUUCUAUGGUAUGAAUGACCCUGUGGCCAACAAAUUACUUACUCGUUACAGUAGUUUACCCAAACUGGAGGCUCCUGAAGACAGGACAGUAACAACACUAUAUGUUGGCAAUUUAGGUGAUAAAGUUGGUGAGAAGGACUUAAGGGACUAUUUCUAUCAGUUUGGAGAAAUUCGAUCCAUCAACUUAUCCAAACAACAGUGUGCCUUUGUGCAGUUUACCUCUAGAACUGCUGCAGAGGCAGCUGCUGAAAAGGCUUUUAACAAAUUGAUACUGAACGGCCGCCGUUUAAAUAUAAAAUGGGGUCGAUCUCAAGGUCAGCUGGCAAUAACAAAGAAGGAAGAAACCAUUUCACAAGUUCCCCUAGAGCCAGUUCCUGGCUUGCCACAAGCAUUGCCCAUGCCACCUGAAGAGCUAACAAACAACUAUUUCAAUCUGACUGGGCCUGCCCCUGGUUCUCUUCCUCCCUUUGGAAUGCCUAGAGCUCCACUAAGAGGUGCACCUAGGCCAUUCCCACCUGCUAUAAGGGGGCCACCACCAGUACCAUUUGGAGGAAUGCCAAGAGGUCUUCCACCACCAGGAUUGAGACUUCCUCCACCCCCACCAGGUAUACUACCUGUUAGACCUCCCCCUGGAGCACCUGCUGGCCAGCCACAACAGCCGCAGCAGCAACAACCAAUAAGAGGUUCACUGCAUGUUCAUUAUCCAUCUCAAGAUCCCACCAGAAUGGGGGCCAUUCAGUCAUCUUCAUCUGCUACUACAUAAAUAUUGUCCAAAAGGACUGUCCCAUCAUAACUGUUAUCAGUAGUCACAGUUUUUAGUUGCUCCAAAUGAAUACCCUGUCAACAUUGGAAUGAAAGUUUGUGCGAGUGUGGCCUAUGGUAAUGGUGUCUUAGUGUUGUAUGUAGGACUAUUGACGUUAUAGUGAACCUCUUGUGCUCUAUAUUAUUGUUAUCACUGCUUCUUACAAUGUUUCUGUUAGUAUAAUGUUAUGGUCAUGCAUAUGUAUUUGUUGGAGUAUUGAUAGAAUUUAAUUUGCAAAAACCCACUCUAAUGUAAUUGUGUGCAAACACUAUUUUACAUCGUACCUUAGCAUUUUGUUGAUCUUUUUGACUUAUUAACAUGUUGUAAUUCAACAAAAUUCAGUUGGUUUUUUGUUUUUAUUCUGUGUGAUAUGAACAGUUGAGUUCAUAGACUUAUUAAUAUUUUACAAAA